ACCUCCGCGUCUCUAUAUAUAAACCCAGCUGUCGAUUGCAAAGAACGCAAGAGUUUUGAAGUUUCGAGGGUCCACUGGCCGCAUCGUUAAGGUUUCGUAUUCUCUAGGGUUUUCUACUUUUCUUCGCUUCGUCUCCGAUCUACAUUCGACAACAGACAGAAUCGAAAUCAAGAGAAUUGAAGAGCUUUUUAACGGGGUAGUGCUUUUUACUGCUGAUGGGAAAUUGCUUGGGACGGCAUCGAGAUGAGGAUGAUUUCGAUUCCAAGGUGAAUUUCACCGGUGGAAAUGUACAUAUUGUUGAUAGCAUAGAAAGCUGGGAUGAGAAGAUUUCAGAAGCAAAAAAAGAAGGCAAAGUAAUUGUCGUGAACUUCAGUGCAUCUUGGUGUGGCCCUUGCAGAAUGAUUAUUCCCUUCUAUGCUGAACUUUCUCUCAAGUAUCCUCAACUAGUUUUCCUCACAGUAGACGUUGAUGAGUUACCGGAUCUGAGUUCUUCAAUGGAUGUACAUGCGACUCCAACGUUCUUUUUCCUGCAAGAUGGAAAUCACAAAGACAAACUUGUGGGUGCCAACAAACCUGAACUGGAGAAAAAAAUACUCGCAUUUGCAGAGUCAAGCCAUUGUUCCAAGUGAUUUUCUGUAACUCAAACCCUUUUUUUUUUUUACUCUUCUCCGUUAAAUUUGUUGGUGAUAAAAUAACACAGCCAUUUCUGUGAUGCUAGAUAAGAGAUGUAAACUACCGUUGAUCGAUCAAUCGAUUACAGUAUUGUAGUGGUUAGAAAAAUUGCUUCGUGUGAUUUUAUUGCUUUGUUUUGUACUGAAUCUCCAUAUGAUCAGGUUGAAUUACAGGUAAUAAGAAGCCUAUAGAUUGGUUUGUUUGGAAUAGUUCUCAUUCUGAGGGCAAAGCAUGCGCCAUCCCUAAAGAGGUAAGUGAGGAUUUGCAUAGGCUCAAUAGCUCAAGUUAUUUUUAUGUGCAUGAAAAAUAAUUGAUACAAGGAAUUUUAUGUAUUAUUAUAAAGAGUCCUAUUUUGUACGUA